UGUUGCCUCCCCUCUGCCUUCGUGCUGCCGCCACUCUGUUCGCGGCGGUCGCGCGAUGCAGGACGCCCUAUCGUGGGCCCGCGCCUCAGCCGCCUGCCUCAACCUCAAUUGCACCAUGGUCCUGCUGCCCACGUGCCGCCACCUCAUGUCACGUGUCCGCGCUGCAUGCUGGAGUCCCCUGCGUGAGUCCCUGUCGGGCGUUCCGGGCGCGUCGGGGAUGCUCAUGACGACGUGCCUGGUGCUCAUCGCCACGUCGUCGCGGGAGAGCGUGCGCCGGGCCAACUACGAGAUAUUCUGGUUCACGCACCUCCUCGCUCCCGUGCUGUACGCGGGCCUCCUCGUCCACGGGCUCGGGCGAGUGGUGCGUGGCCAGACGGAGGCCAGCCUGCAGGAACACAACAUCACGUGGUGCUACGCCCGGCACGAGCAGUGGGGGGGGCGAGAGGCCGCGUGUCCCACACCGCAGUUCAGCGGCAACCCUCCCAUGACGUGGCGCUGGCUGCUGCUCCCGCUGCUGUUGUACGCGGGCGAACAGCUGUUGCGCUGCUAUUGCUGCUGUCACCCGACGGUCGUGACCAAGGUAACAAGUUUCCCUCUCGUUCCCCGUGCGCCUGCCCUUCAGAAGCAUAGCUGCCAUACCUCCCACGACACCCCGCAUGUUGUACCUGUGCGCUCUGCAGGUGGGCUAUAUACACACACGCUGUGCUGUGCAGGUGUGAGGUGUGAGGUGCGCGAGCACCCGGGUCACGUGCUGGAGGUGCGCGUGCUGGGCUGCCCGGCGCGCGCGCGCCCCGGCGACCACGUGCUCGUGCGCUGCGCCUCCGUGUCGCGCGCACAGUGGCACGCGCUCACGCUCACGUGGCAAAACCCACCCCGAACACAGAUGCCAAUUCCCGUCUUGGGGUGCCAACCCUGGGCAGGUUGGCCCACCGUGAUCACAGCCGCACACGGGCUGUCUGCGUGGUGGGACUCCUGCCACGCCCGGCGGCUCACACCGUGCACCCCCCACCCCGCGUGGCCCAGGCUCUGCGUGGAUGGCCCCUUCGUGGGGCCCUCGCGGGACGUGGAUCGCUACCCCGUGAGCGUGCUCAUUGCCGCGGGGAUCGGCAUCACCCCCUUCGCGGCAUACCUGGGCUCCUGGCUCACGGGGGCACCCCGGCACACCACGGUGGUCGCACGUUCAUUUAAACGGGGAUCUCUGUGUCCGAUACAGGUGUACCUGUAUUGGAUAUGCCGGGAGCCGUCUUCCUUCGCCUGGCUCUGCGAGCCCCUGCGAUCUCUGGAGAGACAUCUCAUGGAGACCGGGAGCAGCCACCAGCUCCGCUACAAACUCUACCUCACCCGCUGGGACGAGACACAGGCCGUUCACAUCGCCCUUCACUGGGACGAGGCAGAGGACACCAUCACGGGGCUGAGGCAGAAGACAUGGUUCGGACGUCCGAACUGGAGCGUCGAGCUGGAUCAGAUUGCCCGCGCGCACCCAGGGGUGGAGGUCGGAGUGUUCGCGUGUGGACCCCGGUCCCUGUGCGAGGGCGUUCGUCGACGCUGCUCUCGCUACUGCAGCGCGGGGCCGGACGGGGCGGCCUUCAGGUUCCACCAGGAGGCGGACUGACAGAGCCAAGCCCUACACAGCGUGUCUCGUGCACCUACCAGCUAUCAUCACAACAGCCUAUCUCAACCAACAGCUAUCAUCACAAUGUCCUGUCUCAACCAACAGCUGUCAUCACAACAGCCUAUC